CACAACAUUGUCAUAUGCAGCCUUAAUGUAAAAACCACAACCGAUAGAAGUAAAACCGUAACACUUCGUAGAAACUAUCGCAAGGUUGAUUGGAAUAACUUCCACAAUUACUUAAGAAGCACUGAUUGGAGAACUUUCUUUACCUCAAACAAUACCGACACAUUAACCAAUAUAUUUUAUCACAACAUCAAAAGUAUCAUCAACAACAUCGCACCUUUAGAAUACUGUAAACCUACGUUCUCCAAAGAUCUCUAUAUACCGGUCAGUACAAGAAGACGUCUUCAAAGACAUUGUACUCGAUUCCACAACUUAAAUGACUUUUCCUCUUUAGUAACGAUGACAGAAAUACUUGUCCGAACAGAGGCAAUAAGUAAACAAAAAGCAGUAGCACAGGAAAAACGUGCAGUUGAACUUAAUAAUAACUCCUCUGCACUCACCAUACUACUCCAAAAUAAACUUAAACGCUCUAAAUCGAGAGGGAGUAUAUUCAUUAAAGGCAAACAAGUAUACGAAGAUCCCAAACUUAUCACAGAAUUAUUUAGUGAACAUUUUUGUUUCUCACUAACUAACGAAAAACCAUUUAAUGAUUCAGAACCAAUCCCAGUAACUCCCUGUGAAAUUACUAAUGUAGAAUUCAGUGUACAAAAUAUCUCCAAGGCAAUCAGUACAUUGAAACACUCCUACACUGAUGGACCAGAUGGUAUCCCAUCUAGCAUGCUAAAACGUGGAGGUGAUGAUAUGUGUGUUUUGCUUCUCAAACUAUUCGCGAUAUCACUCUCUUCAGCGUGUUACCCUACUGCCUGGAAAACUACACAUAUCAUUCCCAAAAUUAAAACAGGACCUGAAGCAAACGUUGAAAAUUACCGGCCUAUAAACAUAACUUCAGUGGUAUCCAGAGUGAUGGAAAAAGUAGUUAAGGCGGCUGUAGUCCAACAUCUACUAACUAAUAAUCUCAUCUCGACCUCCCAGCAUGGAUUUCUUAGGUCCAGAUCAUGCGAUACAUGCCUAGUAGACUACCUGAAUGAUAUAACUCUGAAACGAGACAGCGGACUCCUUGUAUCAGUCCUAUUCCUAGACUUUAAGAAAGCCUUUGAUAAGGUCCCACACAAAAGGCUACUCGUCAAACUAAAGUCCUUCGGAAUACACAACCCACUGUACUCAUGGUUUGCUUCGUUCUUAACAGAACGUAAACAGAUGGUAAAGUACAAUGACUGUCUCUCGUCCCCUAGACCAAUCACCAGUGGAGUCAUCCAGGGAAGCGUAUUAGGUCCACUUUUGUUUCUUAUGUAUAUAAACGAUAUAUGUAACACCAUAGAAUUUGGGAAACCAUACUUAUAUGCUGAUGAUCUCAAAAUAGUAUACAGCUAUAAGCCUGAGACACUAAGCGAAAGUGUAUCCCAGAUCCAAAAGGACCUCAAUAACUUAACUAUAUGGAGUGAAAAAUGGCAAUUACCAUUUAACCUCAACAAGUGCGGGAUCAUGCACUUUGGAAAGCAUCCCUAUAAACCGCGACUUCACUUAAAUGAAUGUAGAGUCCAAACAUUCGAAUCAGUACACGAUUUAGGAAUUAAUUACACAGGAAGCCUAAACUUUGAAGAACAUGCCUCCUCUAUUAUUUCUAAAUCUAGACGGCUAAUUGGUUUUAUAAUGAAAAACUUUUUCACAACAGAGGGUAAACUUACUCUCUACAAAAUAUGUGUACGACCCUCCCUUGAAUACUGCUCUUUUGUCUUCUCUAAUAUGAAUAUCGCAGACAAGAUAAGAGUAGAAGAUGUUCAAAGACGUUUCACACGUCAACUACUAGGAUGUAACUCGAAUCUCGAUUACACAGAAAGAUGUAAGCAUCUAUCUUUAGAACCUUUAUGGCACCGUAGGCUAAAAAACAAUUUAAUAUUUCUCUACAAAGCGAUAUAUGGGCUCUCCUUUCUAACCUCCUGCCCGACUAUCACCCACGACCCAGCCUAUAGACUUAGAAACAACGCAUAUACACUACUUACCGUAAAACACCAAAAACAAAUGCGUUGUAAGUUUUUUACAGUACGGUACAGUUUAUUGUGGAACAGGCUGCCAAUGCCUAUCCGUAACUGUGAUACGUUUACCAGAUUCAAAAAGCUAAUAACCCUAUUUCUAGACUCCAAAGAGCUUCAACAUUUCCUUGAACUCCCGCCCACCAAUGAGGCACUUUAUUACGGACCGCCUAGUAUCUAGAAAGAACAAAAUUAUAACAAGUUCGACUGUUACUAAUAUGAAUAUAACCAAAUCACAGAAUAUAUGGCUUAUCCUUUCCUAUUAUUCAUUGUUUAU